UCACAUCUCCUCGCGACUCCCCAACUCCAAGAUAUUCCCCGAGUCAUCUUUAGCUAUUAUCAGCUGGACUUGUUUGAACAGCCUAAUUUCGUCCUUUACCUCGGUGCCGCCGCUAAGUCCCCCAAGAUGAUGCAAACUCCGCUUCCCGCCGAAACGACCGACCCUGUUCCUGCGAGGUCUCAGUGCAAGGCAAUGUUGGAGGAACUGGACAAGUUGGCGUCGGUGAACCCUAUACGUCUUCAAGACAAGCACGUAAUGCACCUAGGCUUGACCGCCAAGGCACUUUUGGAUAAACAUGCAGGUGCACAAGUCAUUGCUGUGGCAUUGCCACCGCUCAUUUGCUGGGAUCGAUACCAUUACGCACACGUGUAUGUUGAAGACGGCAUGAUCGAAUAUCGAGGAGCUACGUCGAUUAAUUACCCAAGAAACAAUGGAGAACUCCGUUGUCGAGACGCCAUAGAAGAGGGACGAUAUUACAAGGAGGAAGCAAUUGAAUAUGCCAGGCACCAUUGGGGACACCAACUACAAACCUGGACUGUGAGGUCGCAUGGCGGCUACCAAACGGACUCUAUGGUCGAAGGUCUCGAACUCUCGUAUUCAGACUGAGUAUCAACCACUGAUUUCUGACUUUUGGGCUUUAUUCGACCACUUCAGCAUUGCCAAGAGGAUGAGAAGCCCGAGUUUUUCAAAUGACAAUCAAGCUGGGUCACCCUUAUAGCUUAUGCCAGCGCGCCGGAUGUGUCCUCCACAGUCUCACCAAUGCCCCCUCUCCUGUUAGUGGAGCUUGAGUCAGCUGUCUGAAAAAUACGGGUGGAUUCUUUUACCUCGUUGCUUCCAAUCACUCAAAGAUAUCAAGGGUUCUACACCUGGCAGGCACACGUCUACACUGCGGUGAUUUCGUUUACCCUUUCGACAAUCGGAGGAAGACAUUGCUACCUCUCAGAAGGCUGUGAGAUUAUCGGGCUUUUCUCUCCGCAAAAUUUGUAUCCCCUCAAUCGUUCGUAGUCCUGAAAACUAAAACUUUGGAAAACAAGUUCCCAUUCUCAUCACUGUGCUGAGCCAGACCGGUCAAAAGCCCGUCGUGCCUGGUGAAUAGCGUUUACCCAGUGUUGGCAAUCAGAUUGCAAUACACG